GAUAGAAAUUAUUGUUGCAACUUCAAGAGGACCUCCAAAAGAUUGUGUUCAGCAGGGCUUGACCGUCACUAUAGACAACGAGAGAAAAUAGAAUCGUGAGAAAACCAGCGGUUCAAUCUGAAAAAGCAUCGUUUAAAAGGUCUACAAAGAAAACAUUCCACGAUUAGCACUGCUCGAAAAUGAUCGAAACAGAACAUGCUCGCCAACGGCGCGAGGAACGAAGCAUCGAUAAAAAGGAUUUGAAAGCCGCUCUUAAGUACGGAGACGAAUUAGAAUGUAAAUAUGGACGUAAGUUUAGGUACAAAGACCUGAUUUACAUCGUGGAUCGGAAAAAGAAGAGGGAAAUCACUUGCUACGCAUCGAGGCUCAAAUUGAAGAAAGUGCGCAUUACCAGCGAAAUGAAUCUCAAGAUCCAAGCAGCACAGACAAAACUAAGACAUAAAGCUGCGUGCUGGAAGUCCAACACCGUCUUGGUUGUUGAUACAUCUGGAAGCAUGAGGGCAUCGGAUGUCUGGGGCGCAAGAAGCCGAUUGGACGCCGUCUGGAUUUGUAUUGCACUAGAUUUUAUCGCCCAUCGCAUCGAGUCAGGUAGUGCAGAUUGCUACGAUGUGAUAUCGGUAGUUCUUCUCAAUGAUAGUGAAAAGGCAAAAGUGCUGAUCAGUAAGUGUGAAAAACAACUCUUUUUUUGUGCGGAAUAAAUUGGUUGAAUCCUAGUCCUCAAUCCCCUUUUUUGGCAUCUACGCAUUACAACUAAUUUGCUUUAGAGUCGUCUGCGACAAGCUGGGCAUUGUACAACAAAAUCGUCGAUAUCUACAAUGACGGAGAAAACGUGCCAGCCAGAUCCCAUGGAUUUUACGUUCCUAGCUUGAAGAAAGCAGAAGAAAUUCUUACUCUCAACAAUAGUUCCUCGUGCGCCUUAGCGCUUUGUUUUCUUUCGGACGGCAGCCCGUCCGAUUGUGGUACCGCCCAUGACUCGAUUCUCGAAAGGGUCGAAUCCUUGGGAAUGCGGUUUGGCCGGCGUCUUACUUUCUACACGGUCGGCAUGGGAAACGAUCCGAACGAGUUUCGAAUGCUUCGACAAAUGUCCGACACCGCGAAAGAUUACGGUGUGCAAUCUUUUUUUCAGUUGCCCUCGAUGUCUACCUCGUCUCUCGGAUUAUCUCUGACCUCGACAGCAACAACGAUUACGAAGACCCAGACCGAGAUGACGGACAUCGCAACUUUGAAACAGAGAAAGGUCAGAGAUGUCCUCCGUGAGUCAAGAAAGAAAGCUAAGGAAGAAGUUGUCUGCGUUGUCUCUGAAGACGAGUACUGGCUCUAUCCUGUUGAAAAAGUGACUCGAAGUAUUUAUCGCGAGUGGCUCGAUGAAAACAGAAAACGUCGUCAUUGCUAUGACAUUGCACCAAUGAUGGAAGGUGAAAACACCUAUUGGGUUGCUAUGAACAAAAAGACGUUCGGAGAAGGGGCUGAGCGCUUUGCGUAUCGAUUCUAUGAAGUCGGACAAGACGGAAAGACAGUGAUAGGAAAGCCACUCGUUGCGAAAGAAAGUCGAUUGGUUCUCGAGGGUGGCGAGGCGAGCAGAAAAUCCUUUGUCCAAACGUUCUGUCAAACUCAGCAGCUAGCACGGCGAAUCGCGACCGAGUUCAAUGAGAAAAUGGACAAACUAUAUCGAGUGGACAAAUCAACCCCAAAAAUCUCGUUUCUCGACUGUUCGGUGUAUGAACUGGAUGACAAUAACCUCGGAAAAACACUAGUCCUCGUGGAAGAAAAGAUUGAUCAUGACGCCUGGCAAAAAUGGAACACUAACAAUGGGUACGUAGAAGGAAUGGACGAAGUGCCCGAGUUCAACCACGAAAAAAUGAGAUCGGCGCUGGACCACCUCGCCUGUAUCGAAGUUCCAGAAGUAAGAUCUGGCGGUGCAAUCGAUUCGGAUCCAGUUCGCCUAGCCUGUGACCUUGACGCUAUCGAAGAGGGCGACGAAGACGAAGAUUCUCAAGAGAGUGAUGUAGGUGACCAUAACUAUGGUUCUCCACUGAAAAAGCUCGCCAUCAAGUUCAGUGUCUCCGAAGUGGCGCAGGCCUUUUCCCAUUUCAGUUAUAUUGCGAGUGGGAAAAAGAGGCUUAUAUGCGACCUGCAAGGCGUGUUUGAUGAACGGAGCAACACGCUCAAGCUGACAGAUCCAGUAGUUCAUUACUUCAACUAUCGCAGACAACAUAAAAAACGAGUCCAUGGUCGAACCGACAGAGGACGGGAAGGCAUGGCCAUGUUCUUUGACACCCACAGAGAUUGCUGUGGUCAUUUGUGUCGACUGGUAACAGGUGGACUGAGAAAGAGUCGGGUUCGCAGCAAGCAUAGACAGCAAGGUCCGAAAAGCGACUCGCCACAACCCCAUGAGCACAAAAGGGAACACGAUUAAAAUCUUUGCAUCGAAGUUCACGUUUACUACUAUAGUGAGGAAAUGGUCACUUUGUGGUCACGAGUGUGUACUAUAUCUGUUGCUAUAGAAUGAACGCUCUCAUCUAUGCAAGAUUCUUCUCGCUUGGUUCGAAAUAAAUGGCACGAUGUUAGAAAUAAUCACUCGACCCCGGUGUGGUACGUGUGAGACUAAACCACUACGAAAAGC